UAUUUUUCUUAGGAAGCGUGCGACUUUAUUUUUGGUUUAAAAUAUAGUUUGUGCACAUAAGACAACAAUUAAAAUGUCCUGAAUGACGUUGCUAAAGGCUAAAUAGUCUUAUACAUUUUAUAAUACCAUUGAAUUCGUCAAAUUAUCGCAAUUAUCGAGCAUCAUGUCGACGGGUUUAAAGUGUCGCAAUUGCGGAUCCAAUGAGAUCGAAGAGGAUAAUGCACGCGGCGAUCGCGUCUGCAUGAAUUGCGGUUCUGUGCUGGAGGAUUCGCUUAUCGUCUCUGAGGUGCAGUUCGAGGAGAUGGGCCAUGGCGCCGCCGCCAUUGGACAGUUUGUCUCCGCCGAGUCGUCGGGUGGUGCCACCAACUAUGGCUAUGGCAAGUUCCAGGUGGGCUCCGGCACCGAGUCGCGCGAAGUUACCAUCAAGAAGGCCAAACGUGACAUCACCUUGCUCUGCCAGCAGCUACAGCUGACCCAGCACUACGCGGACACUGCGCUCAAUUUCUUCAAGAUGGCUCUGCAUCGCCAUCUGACGCGUGGCCGCAAGAGCACCCACAUCUAUGCGGCCUGCGUCUACAUGACUUGCCGCACUGAGGGCACCUCACAUUUACUUAUCGACAUUAGCGAUGUACAACAGAUCUGCUCGUAUGAGCUGGGACGCACCUACCUGAAGUUAUCGCAUGCCCUGUGCAUCAAUAUACCAUCCGUUGAUCCCUGUCUGUACAUAAUGCGCUUCGCGAACCGACUCCAGCUGGGCGCCAAGACGCACGAGGUGUCCAUGACGGCGCUGCGCAUUGUGCAACGCAUGAAGAAGGAUUGCAUGCACUCGGGUCGUCGGCCCACAGGACUCUGCGGCGCUGCACUGUUGAUUGCCGCUCGCAUGCACGAGUUCAGUCGCACCCUGGCCGAUGUUAUCGGUGUGGUUAAAAUACACGAGUCCACGCUGCGCAAGCGUUUGUCCGAGUUCGCCGAAACGCCCUCGGGUGGAUUGACCCUCGAGGAGUUCAUGACCGUCGAUUUGGAGCGUGAACAGGACCCGCCAUCGUUUAAAGCGGCACGCAUUAAAGAUCGUGAGCUCAUCCAAAAUAUGGGCGUGCAUGAAUUAACGGAGCUGCAGAAGGAAAUCGAUGCGCAUUUGGAGAAGGAUAUUGGUAAAUACACGGACAGUCUACUGCGAAAGGCUUCAAAACGCAAGAAGGAGGAGUCUGCUCAGUCCAGCAGAUCCCAACCGAUCUCGGAAAAGGAACUGGAAAUGGAGGAGUCCAUACAGUUUAUUGAGGCAUCCAAUGCCGAGGUGAUUAAAGAGUUUAUCACAAGCAACACGGAGGACUCAAAGCCGCAAGCGGUCAUGACCAGUGCCGUCAUCGAGGGACUCCGUCCGGAUAUCGAGGCCAUUUGCCGUGUGACCGAAAGCGAACUGGCGGAUGUGGAGCGUGCCAAACAGCCAGCUGAGACGGAACUAUUCAUAGAUGAUCUGAACGAUGAGGAGCUGGAUCAGUACGUGCUGACGGAGCAGGAGGCGGACACUAAGUUGGAUAUGUGGAAAAAUCUAAAUGCCGAAUUCCUUCGCGAGCAGCAGGAGCGCGAGGAGCGCCUGGCCAAGGAACGUGAGGAGGGCAAGCCGGAGAAGAAGAAGCGUAAGCCGCGCAAAAAGGUCAUCGGACCAUCGUCGACAGCUGGCGAGGCCAUCGAAAAAAUGCUGCAGGAAAAGAAGAUCUCCAGUAAAAUUAACUAUGACAUUUUGAAGACCCUCACCGAAGGCAUGGGCACAUUAACAGGCGACAGUGAGUCAGCACCGGAGCCCAUGAAACCCAAGACACUGGAGGAACUGGAACAGACGCCCGUCAUUGUCGAGGAGGGACCCAUCUCGAGCAAAAAUAGCCGGGAUAAACCCAACUACGAUAUGCCAGGACCCAGUCGAAAGCGCGUCAAAGUGGAGGCGGCACUGUCCGUCACUCAGUCCGAGGAACAGCUGGAGGCAAAGCCGGAGAUUGCCGUUGAGCCAGAUGACUUGGACGAGGAGGCCGAGGCAGAUGAGGCAGAUGCCGAUGUCGAUGUCGACCCCGAACCGGAGCCAGAGGCAACGCUGCAGGACAUGCUGAACCAGGGCGCUGGCGAUGAAGACGACGAAUACGGCUAUGGCUUCGAUGAAGAGGAAGAAUAUUAAACUAAGCAAUUGCAUUUAGAAUUGGCGCACAUUCUGCAUGAUUAUUUUUAUACACUAAUCAGCGACAACUCAUAUUAUAAUUAAAUUAAGCAUUCAAUUUUUUAUCCACC